AUGGUGGUCCAAUUAUCCGAAGUGUUUUUAAAAGACCCACAAUCCUUUCUUCAAAAAAUCCAAGAUGCCUCGUUGUCAAACCCAGGAAAACCUGAUCUCCAAGGAAGUUUAGGUAUUGAGGAGGCAAUUUCUGAUUUGUUUUUACAUAAGGAUGAGUUAGAAAAAGGAAUGGUACAAGAUACAAAUUUUGGACAUGAAUUUUUUGCAGGUGCCAUCAAAAUGAAUGAUCAAUAUUGGCGGGGAUGUCGCUACGUUCUCAAUUACAGCGAAGAUGAAUCUUAUGUGGAUGAGAGUAAAAUAGCACUUGAUGAACGGUAUUCUUUAUUUGUAACUAAUAUUCCUGGCGAACAGAUUCCAAACCAAUCUAAUUAUUUGGAAACGAAAGAAGAAAAUGAGGUAUUUAAAGAACUGACCAUGAAAUAUUCAAACAGAACGUUAGAGAAAGGAGAUUUUGGCUUUUGUGUAAAAUGUUACGGCGGAAUGGAAACUCGAAUUCGUGUUUGUCAGGCUGUUGACAUGUUAGGCAUGUACGAAGAGCCGAGUGAAUAUUCUGAUGGGCUUCCUAUUCUUCAUUUGAUCACAUUUCAAGACUAUAAGCAACCUUUCACUACGUAUCCGUCUGAGGAAGAGGCUAAACAACUACAAUCAAAGUUGCUUACUCAAUUUAACAAAGUAUUGGGAGACAAUGUGGCAUCCAAGUCCUUGCUGCUUUGCUUGCUUUCAAAUGUCGUUCAUAGGGCAGACAGCUUCAUCGUUGGAUCUUUUAGCCUGAAUUUGACCAAUUGCACACCAGUCUGUGCAUUUAGGAUAAUUAGCCUGUUGAAAGAUUUGACAAACAGAACAGUCGUACAAAAAGUAAACGUGCACGAACUAAACAAGGAGCCGCUAUAUCCUCGAAGUGAUGGAGAUACUUUAUCAAUUGGUCGCUUGCAAUUGACGCCAGGAACGUUACUGAUUUUGGAUGAAACCGAACUUUCGAGUGGCACCUUGAAUGAUACAGGCGUUCGUAAUGUCGCAUUUUUAUCCUUUCUCCUUUCUCAACAAGAAAUUACGUUUGCGUAUCCAUUUAGUAGCUAUAACAUACAGACGGACGUGCGAAUCGUUGUUUUAAGCCAUGGAAAGUCAAUCUUGCCUGUUAAUGUUGUAUAUGCAAGCAAAUUCGACGAGUCAUCAAUGUCAAGCGAGACAUCUCUACCAUCAGACGAAUCGGAAGCAUUGUCAAAUUAUCUCAAAUUAUGGACUCGUGCUACUGACAUACCAUAUGAUAUGUUAGAGUUCAUUCAAUCAAACUAUGUUGGUUCGAGGCGAAAUGGUUCUCAAACAAAUGAAAAAGUACUUUCUAUUGAGAUCAAUUGCUCUCGCCUUUAUGCAAAAAGUUUAGCCAGCAAACUGGUUUCGAGGGAGCAUUUUGAAGAAGCAUCUCGCUUGGUGGAACAAUGGACAAUUCCUUGA